AAAGCGUUUCGCUGAAAAAAUUAUAAACAAUAACAAACAGGUUGAAAAAUGCACAUUUUCAUUGUAUUUCUUGCUGAAUUUCACAAUGUUACCUGUUAGAUAAGAUAAAUUCCAAGUUGAUUGCUAAUUCAUGUGCUCCAGUAAUUAAAGAGCAUGAAUCCUGUUUGAAUUGCAAUAAUUGGCGCACUUGUCAGUAGAGUGUCAUUGUGUGAAAAAGAGGUUAGAACGGCGCGUGUUUUGUGGAGGAAAAUGUUGGAAAUCGACGGAAGUGUUCUGGAGGGUGGUGGUCAGAUCCUUAGGGUGGCUGUGGCAUUGAGUUGCCUCUGCCGAAUCCCCAUAAAAGUUGUAAAGAUCCGAGCUGGCCGAAGUAAACCCGGCUUAGCUGCUCAACAUCUUCAGUGCAUUGAAUUGUGUCGAUCUCUGUGCAAAGCACGCAUCUCUGGGGCUCAUCUUGGAUCCACAGAAGUGGAAUUCCAUCCUCAGUCUAUUAUUGGGGGCCGUCACAGUGCAGACACUAAGACAGCAGGGAGUAUUGCGCUGUUGGUUCAAGUAGCCCUUCCUGUGGCUCUCUUCAGUUCUUCUCCUGUGGAAUUGAGCCUCCGUGGGGGCACUAAUGCCGAAAUGGCACCCCAAAUCGACUACGUGACGGAGGUGCUGAGGCCCAAUUUUGAGAAAUUUGGUGCAUCAUUUGAAUACGAGCUUCUGCGCAGGGGAUACUUCCCUCGGGGCGGAGGUCACUGCGUCUUCAGUGUGCGCCCCGUUGAGAAGCUCAAACCUGUGAUCAAUAUUGAGUUGGGGCAUGUGGAAAAGGCCUACGGAUGGAGUUUUGUCGCCGGAAGCCUUCCACUGCGACUGGCUGAGCAGAUGGCCGAUGGAGCUCGUCGAGCAAUGGGAAAGAUCAACCUGGAAGUUGAGGAGUACAAGGAAUCCGCUUCCAUGGCUCCGGACAAUUGUUCAGGGGUCAUCCUGUGCUGUCAGACAUCCACUGGCUGCCUCCUUGGUGGCUCAGCUCUGGGAAAUAAGAAGGAAGAACCCGCAGAAACAGGUCGCCGAGCAGCCCGAGAGAUCAAAGAUGCCCUGAAUUUGGGCGUCUGCAUCGAUUCCCACAUGCAGGAUCAGAUCAUCAUCCUCAUGGCUCUGGCUGAUGGUGAGAGUCGUGUCCGUACGGGCCCCGUCACACUGCACACUCGCACGGCAAUUCAUGUGGCAGAACUCAUGACCAAAGCCACAUUCACGCUCAUUCCCGAGGGCGACACCACAAUCAUCCACUGUCAGGGCAUUGGACUGAAAAAUUCACACUCUCUCGUCUAAUCCUGUUACUUCAUUUAUUUUAAACCUCCAUUGUCUUCAUUGUAUUCACAAUUCACAGAAAAUUUCAUCAAUAAAUUCGUAUUUUAUCUCCA